AUGUCAACGUCACGUAUCUUGAUCGUGGGCGCUUCCAUCGCUGGCCCAUCAGCUGCCUACUGGUUCGCCAAAACCGGUGCAAUAGUUACAGUUAUCGAGCGAUUCCCUCAGAUGCGUACCAACGGACAAAAUAUCGAUAUCCGAACUGCAGGUGUUUCUGUCAUGCGGGAAAUACCAGGUAUGGAGGAAGCCGUGCGAGCCAACCUUCAGCCAAUGGACGGCAUCAGCAUAGUGCGCGACGAUGGCCGGCCCUACGGAAUCAUGACUUCCACCGGGGACCCUGAUCAACAGUCUUUGGUCUCCGAGUAUGAAGUCCUGCGCGGUGACUUGUCGCGCAUCCUCUUCGACCUGACCAAGGGUCACGAGAAUGUCAAAUACAUUUUCGAUGAACAAGUUGCCUCCAUGCAGCAUGACGAGAAGACCGGUGGACCUGUUCGAGUCGAAUUCCUGAAUGGAACACCUGCCGCGGAAUACGAUCUCGUUGUCGCCUGCGACGGAGCGACAUCAAGGACUCGGGCAAUCGGCCUUGGCUGCGGCGUGCGCGACUACAUUCAACCCGUGAACUCCUGGGCGGCCUACUUCUCCAUCAAGAAGGAUAUCCUCAAUGGAAGCCAGAUCGGUCAUGCUUACAGUGCCGUUGGCGGUCGUACCAUCGCUGUUGGUCCCGAUCAGUCUGGGGGCAAUCGCGUCACGUUGAUGGGCAUCCACCCGCGCAGCGACCACAACGCAAUGACAAAGUUCCGUGAAGCAAAUAAGCUCGGUAGCGAUGCGCUCAAAGACUUCGUUGCUCAGCACUUCAAAGGAGCAGGCUGGAAGUGCGUCGAAGUCAUCCAGGGCAUGAUGGAAGCCGAUGACUUUUACGCCAGUGAAUGGGUGCAAGUCAAAACACCAUUCCUUUACAAGGGUCGAUUUGUGAUGGUUGGUGAUUCUGGCUACGCGCCUGGUCCAACGGGCACAGGCACGAGCCUGGCCAUUGCUGGCGCUUAUAUACUGGCAGGCGAGAUUGGAAAGAAUCGAGGUGAUCUGGCGGCUGGAUUGAAGGGUUACGAGGAGCAGAUGCGGCCACUCAUUGACGAGAUGCAAAAGAUUCCACCGCUGGUUCCGGGGAUGAUUGCGCCUCAGACAGCUUGGGGAAUUUGGGCGAGAAACAUGAUAUUUGCGUUCAUAUGCUGGAGCAGACUCCCAUCACUCUUUAAUCAACUCUUUGGGAGUGCUUCUGCUCACUCUGAUGGUUACAAGUUGCCGAAGUAUGAAUGGACAGCCUGA